AUCGUGCCAGAGAGAUCGGAUUUGAGCAAAAAAUCAGAUUUUAGCAACAAGGCUUGUAAUGUCAACGUAGCCUCUGACACGAUGGCACCUUUGCCGCUAUAAACAGGUGGAUUCUGUUAUAGUUUUAAAUAUAAUUCAGGAUUGAAGGAUAUCCACUCUCUGUUUCGCUUUCCUAAUGCUGAGUAAACCAUUUAUAAGUAUCCUACCCAAGGCUGAUGCUAUAACCUGUUGUUGUAAACAGUCAAAUGGUGUUGCACCUUCACCAGGUCUGCAAAAUAAUCAAAGAACUUUUGUCUGUUUCUUUAACUAGUAUUAAGCAUUGGCCGAAGCAUUUCCUGUGCACGGCCCGUGAGAGGUGACACCAAGCUAGGUGUUAUAGGGGAAGUAAAAACUGACCACAUUCUUGCUAAGAUUCAGUCCUACCUUUGAAACUUAGCAAUAGAUCUGUUUUUUUUAGAAGCAGAUUUAGCCAGUUUGCUCUUAAAGACACAGUCCUUAUCUCUACCUCACAGGAAUAUGAAAACUGUGGAACUCUACGUUUGUCUCUUCGUGUGGUGUCAACCAGCUCAUAAUUUAACAGACAUGCUGGUUGACUUGGGACAAAAUGUGUCCUUAAACUGUGACCUUCUGGCUGUAAAAGAGAUUUACUGGUUCAUACAACAGUAUCCAAGUCCACCGAAACCCAUCUUACGGUCAUUUUAUAGAAACUCAGUUCCCUAUUUCUACAAUCAUACUUUCGAAGUGAAGUAUUCCUUACAAGAAAAGCUUCAUUUGGCCAUUCAGAAUAUAACAAAGAAUGAAUUAGGAAUAUUCUACUGUGUAGAAACAGGUGAUCUAAUGUUCAGAAAGGGCAUCAGGCUGUACAUCAUGGAACCAACCAAUCCCCCACCUCACACAACACAACAGACGCCCCAGUGGACACAUCAUGAGAUGCCAUUGCUGGUCAUCACGUCUGCUAUGUUGUGCUGCAUUUUGCUGGCUGUGGCCAUCGGGUUGAUGCAAGUUUGUAACCACAGAAAAAGGCAUCCUGGAGAUUCUGAGGUACGUUUAACAUCCUACAUGGAAGAGAAGAAGACCACAAACUGUUUGCAACACUUAUUAAGGACAAAACUUGUUUGUAUAAGAAUCAUCCACUAUCAGUACACAGUGACAAUACGGACAGAAGUACUGACCGGCUGCAGGAGCAGCACUUUCACCGCCGUGGACUUUACCCAGCUCAGCCCUGUGCUCUAUAAAAUGAUCUUGAGCGAUUUGCGAGCGCGGGUUUCUGAGCUGGGCACCAUGGGUAGGAGAUAUUUGAUCGCCAGCGUGUUCGUAUUGCUGAUAAAUAAAGUAGUGUCUCUGGAACAGACAGUUGAAGCCGUUGAGGGAGGCUCAGUCAUCUUGCCAUGUUCAUACAGUGGUGAGGUACCAAAAAGUGAACAGUGGAAGAUUUAUUGGAGGUACAAUGACAACAAAAAAGUGUACAACAUUGUCAAAGGUAAAUUCGUCGAGGACCAGGACACUUCAUACAAGAGCCGAACUGAGAGUUUCCCUGACGCAUAUCAAAAAGGCAACUUUUCCAUCAAACUCAGCAAAGUAAGGGUGUCAGAUCAGGGGACGUAUUCCUGCUUCAUGCACUUUGCACAGACCACUCGGAAGGUGCAGCUUCAAGUUAAAGGUGUCUACAGAGCCAACUACAAAGCCCACUAUACAGCCAACCACAAGGCCUACUCCUCAGCCAACUACUGAUGCAAAAAACAAGAGCGUGGAAUCAAGAUCUGUCAAGAAUUUACUGAUCUUCAGUGUUUUACUGGGAUAUAAUUUAAUUCUCCUUUAGCCAGUGUCAGUCAGACAUUCUGUU